AUGUGGUCGAAAUGCUUCAAUAACCUAUCUUUUUUACUUGUAAUUGUGGUCCCAUUGUUUUCCAGAGCUGAGGAAUUGGAGACAGCACUUGUGGAGUUGGUCAAAGAAGAUAAUCGACGGGAACUGAGUGCAAAGAUUGAAGAGUUAGAGCAAGAGAUAGCCGAUCUACACCAAGCUCUUGCCGAUAAGAAAGAACAAGAAGCUGCGGUGAAUAAGGUUUUGGUGCAGCUUGAGCAAGAGCAAAUAAUAACCGAAGAAGGACGCAAACAUGCAGAACAAGAUGCAGUUGCCGAGAGAAUGACAGUGGCUGUGCUUCAGGAAAAAUACGAGAAGGCUAUGGCUUCUAUUGCAGAGAUGGAGAAGAGGGCAGCUUUAGCAGAAUCAAUGCUGGAGGCUACCAUGCUAAGCGAAUCUGACAAAACUAGAACACUGUCUUCUGAGGAGACUCAGCUCGACAGUGCUAAAAGAAAGGUGGGGGACCUAUUGUCAUUCGGACUUCGAUGGCGCGAUAAGAGCAAAGGAAAAGGAAAGGAGGAGUCUACCGAGCUCGAAUCCAAAUCGAGCACCCACCGCAAAGGGAACUUCAGUCUCGGGUAGCUCCGGCACCAUUUUAUCCUUUCGGUUUGUGGUUCCACAGCUAAGCAAGCCACUUUUAUGCAUCAAUCCGAAACCAAGUAUACUUGUAUAAGUUGAUUGAUAAUCAAACGUGCAACAGAAUGGUAUACAUUCUUCAGUAAAUAAAGUUUUUAUUUUUGGUAUUGACAA